AUGUCAAACGUUGUAAGAGCCGCUGGAUUGGUGAUUUAUCGCCAAGUUGCUGGAAAAACCGAGUAUUUAUUACUGCAAGCUUCCUACCCACCGUAUCACUGGACUCCACCAAAAGGACACGUCGAUCCAGGUAUUUUGAGAGUAAUAUGGUUUUUUGAAAAAAAUAAAAAUUAAAUUUAGGAGAAGACGAAUGGACCGCAGCACUUCGUGAAACUAAAGAGGAAGCAAAUCUUGACAGAACUCAAUAUACAGUUCAUGAAGAUUGUCACGAAACACUUUAUUAUCAAGCAAAAAGAAAGGCAAAGUCUGUGAAGUAUUGGUUGGCAAAGUUGAACAAUCCGGAUGAUGUGAAAUUAUCGCAUGAGCAUCAAAGCUGGAAAUGGGCAGAAUUGGAAGAAACUGUCAAGACUGCUGAUUAUAAAGAGAUGGAGGAUCUUUUCCGCAAGUUUGCCGCCUAUAUUGCCAAAUUGUAA